GCUUCUUGUGGGUGGUGGGUGGAGCGGGGGAUGCGAGGCUCUGAUGCUGGCCACGCUUGCGCCCUGAAGCGCCGCCUGCUCGGCUGAGCAAAAGUGCGCCGCAGGCCUAAGUGGUGCUUCCGAGGAGCAGGAGGGUCAAGCAAGGAGGACCCGGGGAGAAGGACGAGCCUCCAGGCGAGAGAUCGCCGAAAAACAGAACGCGGCAAUCCACCUCUUUCCUCCGAGCUUCGCGGUGCAUCGCUGGGGAUAAAACCUUGCUCUCGCCGUGGAAAGAUAGAUAUUAUUAAUUCGGUUCUACCAAAGCACAUACCAACAUGGCCUCAUGGAAUGGCAGCAACUCAGCAGACAGGAGAAGAACAGGAGAAAGGCGCAGAUCAUCUCAAGAAACGACAUCAGAGGACUUGGUAGCUCAGCAGACUGAGGAGGUGUUCCAGAGCUAUGCUUUCCAUCGAUACCAACAGGAGCAGGAGCAAACCGAGGGGGAUGUGCCAGUUGAUCCAGAAAUUGCCGCAAUUCAGCAGGAGCCAAACAGCAUCAACAGUCAGGUGGGUCGACGCUUAGCUAUCAUUGCUGAUGACAUCAAUGCACGGUAUGACAAGGAGUUUUCUGAGAUGUUGAAGCCUUUACAGCUUUCCAAGGACAAUGCAUAUGAGUACUUCACCAGAAUAGCCUCCAGUUUGUUUGAAAGUGGCAUCAAUUGGGGGCGUGUGAUAGCCUUGCUGGGCUUCGGCUACAGGAUGGCAAUCCAUGUAUACCAACAUGGCAUCACUGGCUUCCUGAGAAGAAUUGCACAUUACAUGGCUGAAUUUGUGCUACACAAUCGCAUUGCACAAUGGAUUGCUCAGCAAGGAGGAUGGGUGGCAGCACUGGACUUGAGUAAUGUUUAUUGGAAAUACAUGUUGAUGGUAGCAACCGUGAUUUUGCUGGGCCAAUUUGUUCUACGGCGCUUCUUCAAUGGCUGACAGGAAAGGAAAAUGCUGCUGGUCUAUUGCAUAAGAAAGAAAGAUCCAUGAAACAACAAGAGAGGACAUGAUGCAUGUUACCAGCUUCUAUUCCACCAGGACAUCUGUUUAUUUAUCCUCUGCGUGGUGAUUCCAAAGCAAAAGAACCUGUAGUUUAGUUAAAAGAAGAGUGGAACCAAGCCUGAGGCAGGAUUCAUUCCAUCAAGCAGCCAUUGACCAGCAGUUCUUCAUGGGAAACUCCAGGCAGGUACUCAUGGUAUUGCAGAUGAGAAAAUUAGAUGCACUUUCCUCUGCAAGAUCUUUUUAAGAAGAACAUUCUCAGGAUUAAUUGAAUUCUCAAUCAGCUAAACCUCAUCACCAUAGAAAGAGUAAAACCACAAGGGGAAUGAUCCUUGAUCUCUGCAAACCAAUUUUGAGCAGUUCUGCUCCUACGAGCUGGACAAGGGCUGAAAUAAUUGAGUAAUUAUAGAGCUCUCUGAAUUUAACUGAGAAUCAUAUGCAAGGUUAGAUAGGCUAGAUAUGAAUAUAUCUAGAUUUUCCAGAGGAGAAGAGAGAGAAAAGUGAUAGUAGCUACAUUAUUUUAUAGGCACUUUUUCCAUGCACUUGAUAAUUGCUGUCUUAAGUUGGUUGUACUAUGGGCAGAGUAGCUCCUCUUGCUUUGAAACAAUAUUGUAAUGACUCUUCUGAGGUGAAGAGAGUCAGCUGCUUGUAAAGAUUAAGAAAUGAGGCUUGCUUCUUUUCAAAGGAUGGUGCUCUAUUUCUCUUUUGAUUGUGGUUCACCUCAAAGGUGGAUGUGUGUUUGGGAUUGGGUGACAAAGAAAUGGGAACAUUUCUUCAGGUUCCCUUUUUCUUUUUUAUUUUUUGACAAUCGUUAAAUCUGUCUUACCCAAAGGAUGUACAAAAUGUGGUUUCCUGCUGUCACAGGAGUUGGAAUAUGCUUUCCCUAAUGAAAAAUUGGCAAAAUCCACCAAGUUGAGCAAAUUUAAGGCCAUUUCCUUUUAAAUUAGUGAGGCUUGCUUCUAAGUAAAUAUGCCUACAAUCAGGCUGCAAUCUUGUAUUUAUUUCAGUGAGAGGUUGAAUAUUUUUUUUAAUUUUCCAUCUGAAAUUGGUGGAAUAUAUGUGUUUAACAUUAAUUGGAUCAUGCUUAACUAAUUUCCUCCUUGCAUGUUUCAUGAAAUAUCUCAAUGGGAAUACAGAAUUCUUUGUAACAAAAGCAGACAAAUAUGCAAAGCUGACUAUAUGUUCAAAAUAAUUGGUUUUUUCAUCUUGUGGUUUUUUUAUUUUGUUUUUUUUAAAAAAAAAAUCCAAAGCCAAUUCUGUUAUUAUUUUUUUUAUCCAAUACUCUCACAAAUGCUUACUUUGUUUGGGUUUUUUUGGUAAUGCUGAAUCUCAUUUUGACAUUUAAGAUAAAACUACUACUAUGUCAGGAAAAACUGAUAUUUUUGAUAACCUCUGUUCUCUUUGCACACUUUAUAAAGCCAUAACUCAACAGUAAAACUUGAGUAGUUUUUCCUGCCAUACAGUUACCAAAAAUUCUUAAGCAGAUGACUUGAAUAUAGUAUGAAUAUUGUUUAUAUUUCUGAUUUUUUUUUAAAAAAGAAACUCCUGAGAUUUUCUGAAUGCAUAUAUCAAUUUAUUUUUAAUACUGAAAAACAUUAGCAGUUUUCAGUUUAAAGAUAGUAUCAAUCUGAACUUGAUCAUAGUCUUAAAUGAAUUGUCAUGACAAAGGAUAGAUAAAUAUAUCUAUUUCCUUUUACCUGAAUCAGUGUUUGAGGAUUUGGCCAAUGUUUGAACCUCUUGUGGCAGAAGAGUCAUCUAAUAUACUCAUUUUAAUGCACUUUUCUUCUUGAGCUUUCCUUAAAAAACUAUUUAUAUUUUACCCUAAUAUAGACAUUUUUGUGUGCACAUCGAGAUAUACGUAUAUACAAUUAUAUUAUUAUUUUUGCAUUGCAAAUUCUGCAGAUUUCAAUAUGUAGAUUCAUAGUUGUGAGCAGGGGUGAAAUCAACUUACCUUUGCUUACCGGUUCGGUAGCAAUGUGAGUGCGUGGAUGUACAGAGCGUCAAAAACGGAUGUGAUAACGUUCAGGCAGGUGGGCAGAGCUGCUACCGAGCACACCUGCAAAGGUAACCAAACA